CCUGUGAUCGUGAAGAGUUAUUGUAUGCUGACUAAUCCUCUGACUCGAACCACGUCGUUGACUUGAUUUCAACCUCAACAUCUUUUAAUUCUACUAUAUUAUAUAUAUUAUAUAUAUUAAUAUCUUGGAAUGUCCUCCAGAAAUGACUCCCGAAUCAUUCUCCACUUGGAUUACGAUUGUUUCUACGCCUCGGUCUUUGAGGUCGAGCAACCAGCCCUCAAGUUGCUGCCUCUCGCUGUCCAGCAAAAACAAAUCGUCGUCACCUGUAAUUACGAGGCGCGGAGACGAGGAUUGCGCAAACUCCAGUUGAUCAAAGAAGCGAAACAGGUGUGUCCAGACGUGGUCAUCGUCCUCGGGGAAGAUUUGUCGAGAUUUCGCGAUGCGUCAAAGGACCUGUCUCUCUUCCUUCGCGCGUUCAUCUGGGGGGACAGGGUCGAAAAACUCGGGGUUGACGAGCUAUUUAUGGAUGUUACGGAGAUGGUCAGCUAUAAUGUUGAUCUCCUGAAUCCAAAUGAUUUGGAACACUCCUUCUUCCACCUCGACCGUCGAGAACCUACAGCGGGGUUUGCGUUCGACGCCACUCAAAUCCACGGUCCUACCUAUCCUCCUGGCCCUAGCAAGACAGAUCUCAUGUGCGCCCAGCCCCAGGUCGCACAACUCUACCGACGACUACUUCUGGCCUCUCAUCUUGCGGGGUACCUUCGCGGCCAAUUAGAAGACCAGAAAGGUUACACGGCCACAGUAGGCGUGUCCACUUCGAAAUUACUGGCCAAGGUCGUGGGAACGGUUCAUAAGCCGAACAGUCAGACAACGCUUCUUCCACCGUAUGAGACGGCUCCGAAUUUCGAACAGAGCAAUGUGCUCCGUUUUCUCGACUCUCGGGGGAUCAGAGCCAUCCCUGGGAUCGGGUCCAAACUAUCCCAGAAGCUCACCGCAUAUCUGGAGUCUACCACCGGCACAGCGGGGGCGGAUGGAAAACUCACGGUUCGGGAUGUUCGCUUAUUCCCUGGCAUGGGGCCGUCCGUCCUCCACCAAAUUUUGGGCGGACCCGGGGCCCCCAAGGACAUCGGCUCCCGAAUAUGGGGCCUCUUACAUGGCGUGGACAAUCAUGCCGAGAUUCGCGAGGCGCGAGAUUUGCCAACGCAAAUCAGCAUCGAGAACUCCUAUGGCCGCUUAGAUAGCUUUGAAGCAGCCCGGAAGGCAAUGCUUUCUAUUGCCGCCAGUUUGAUUCGCCGGAUGCGGGCCGAUUUGACCGAAAACCACCACGAGACAGAGGAUAGGCCUACAGACGCUGCCGCGGAACCGACGGUGCGUUGGCUUGCUCGCCCACGGACUCUUCGUCUGUCCACGAAUCCCCGGCCAUCCCCGGGCAGCAGCGACGGCACACAUCGCAUAUCCCACUCUGCUUCCCUCCCCCAGUACGUGUUCAACCUGGAUGAGAGCGUGGAAGGCCUGGCACAACGGCUUGUUCACGAGUGUGUCACUCCCUUGUUCCGCAAGCUUCACCAGGGGAGAUCCGGGUGGAAUCUACGCGUAUUAAAUCUUGCCGUGACAAACAUGGUCGAGGUGGCCGGCAGCCGAAAACACAACAGCGGCCAGGAUAUUGGCCGGAUGUUUCACCGGCAGAGUGAGCCUGGGGAGCCCGUUUCUGUCAUUGGGUCAAGGUCGCUGCCUCAGACCCAUCCAGCACCAGCCGACCCAGCUUGGGAGGAGAGUGGCGAAGACGAAGAAGAUAUGCCUGUUGUUUCCUGUGUGCUUUGUGGGGCACAGAUCCCUCAUUUCGCGCGGGCAGCUCACGAGUUAUACCAUUCGACAUCCGGUCCUUCGACCGGGAUUUCUAGUGAUCCGAGCAGAGUACUUUACGCAUGAGCUGCAUUAGAAUGUUUGUAGCCGCAGGGCGGUUACAGCUUACAGAGUAG